AUGGCCAACAAUGGGGGCGCAAGGCCAAAAGUAUUCGCCAUCUCCCGAUAUCUACCCUUUGCGUCCUCAACGACCACGACACAGGCAUGUGCGUACCUGUUCGCCGUGUGCCUCUUCUCGAUAUCCUUCCUCGUCUUCCUGAACAGCAGCGUAUCAUUCGUGGUUACCGACCUCAUUGGAGUCAAAGAUGGCGUGGGUGAUAUCGUGGGCACGUUGGGGUUUGUGGAUGAGUUGGUUGCGUUGUUCGCGUGCCCUUUUUGGGGAAUUCUUUCCGACAGGCUCGGGGUGAGGACUGUGUGCACAGUGGGAUACAUUAUCGUUGGUCUGUCACUGGUUUUGUUUGUGCAAGCUCGCAAUGUGUAUCCGCAGCUUAUGCUGGCCAGAGUAUUGUUUAGCAUUGGGGGUGCCGCGACAGCAACCAUGGUGACUGCAAUUCUGCCCUCAAUGACAGGCAACAAUCACAAAUCUGGGCUUGCAACUACUAGUCAUGACGAUCCCACUUCCAUGCCACGACAUCGUCCGCGGCAGAGCAUAUCCCCGUCUCUCGAUUCCGAACUCACGAUCACUCCCUCCAAUUUCAAUGAACAGCCGAAUGCGAUAGCUACAAAUGGAAAUGGACAUGGACAUGGAAAUAGCGAACAUACCGAAACCAAGACUGCCUCGAGCCCGCCACGACUGGCUGGAUUAGUGGGCGUAUUCACCGGCUGCGGAGCUGUGGUGGCUUUACUUGUCUUCCUUCCUCUGCCUACCCGCUUCUCUCGAUUGGAAGGCAUAUCACAAGGACAAGCUGUUGCUGAUAGCUUCUACGUCGUUGGGACCAUCGCUAUUCUCGUCGCUGGCUCGUGCUUUGUCGGACUUCGAGGAUUACAGGGCGAAGAGGAUAAGGGUUGGCGUCUGCUCCUUGGGCGUACAACCACCCACGAAUACCAAGCUGUAUCAUCACACCCAGAAGCUGAGGCGGAAUCAAGUGGCCAGGAAGUACGAUUUCUCCCAUACUGGCGAUUAUUGCUCGAUUCGACGAUUCUGGGUUUCAAGGACGCCCAGAUAGGUUUAGGUUAUCUAGGAGGUUUCGUUGCCCGGGCUUCCUCCGUAGGGAUAUCUCUGUUUAUUCCACUCUAUAUCAAUGCCUAUUUCAUGCGGAACGGGUUCUGCCAAGGUUCGCCCCAUGAUCCUUCACCAGAGCUGAAGGAAGAAUGCAGAGCAGCAUACAUACUCUCAGCAGAGUUGACAGGCGCUUCACAACUAAUUGCUCUCCUAUGCGCUCCUGUCUUUGGAUACCUGUCAGACCGGUAUCGAAGAUUCAAUCUCCCAAUGCUAGCCGCAAGUUUUUUUGGAAUCGCUGGGUAUACGGCGUUUGCGCGCCUCGUCAGUCCAGAACCGAAAAAUAUUGAUGGGAGAGGGGGGAGUCCUAUUGUCUUCCUCAUCGUUGCUCUAAUCGGCAUCAGCCAGAUUGGUGCUAUUGUUUGUAGUCUUGGCUUACUUGGGCGCGGUGUACUUGGUGAUGAGGGAGGAUAUAAUCUCUCCUCUCAACUACAAGGUUCUCGCACUACGCAAACGAGUUCAAUAGCUCCUGAUGCCGACGAACUUACAUCGCUUGUUGGGUCUACCGGCCCCGAGCCGAGAAGCCACCUAAAGGGGUCCAUUGCAGGUGUUUAUUCGCUAUCAGGAGGUGCUGCUAUCUUGUUGCUUACGAAGGUUGGGGGCACACUGUUUGAUACGUUAUCACCUGGUGCCCCGUUCUACAUGAUGGCUAUAUUCAACGCUGUAUUGUUGGUCAUUGGCGUUGGAGCUGGAAUUUAUCGCGAGAUCCGGACGCGGAAGACGUUGAGCUGA